AUGUACUUAUAUUUGUCAUUCUUUUUCUCUCCCUCUUCUUCUCACUAUCUAUCUAUCUAUCUAUCUAUCUAUCUAUCUGCAUCUGAUCAUUCUUAUGGUAAUCACUUUCUCACUCCCUCGGUACGUAUCUUAAUCUUUUUAUAUCUACCACUCUUAUUUUUCUCAUUCUUUUCUCUCUCUUUCUCUCACUAUCUAUAUAUCUAUUUUUAUAUGUAUUUAACUUCAUUAUUUUCUCAUUCUUUCUUUCUCUCUCUCUCUCUCUCUCUCUCUCUCUGCCUCUUGCUAUUUAUCUGUCUCCCCAUAUCUAUCUAUCUAUCUAUCUAUCUAUCUAUCUAUCUCAGAUUAUACAAAUAUAAUUUUCAACUCUCUGUACCGUCUCAUUAUCAUCGUCUCGCGUCUCUCUCUCUCUCUCUCUCUCUCUCUCUCUCUCUCUCUCUCUCUCUCUCUCUCUCUCUCUCUUACUCUCUCGCUUGCUGUCUCCCUGCUCUUUUUCAAUUUUUUCACCGCUCAGUCACAGAGAAUGUCAGACCGCAGGAAGGUUCUAUUUGCCUAUUUAAGAUAUGCAAAUCUCCUCAGUUUAUUUUUACUCGCGUUUGA